CCUCAAUCUACCCUGCUGAGCUACGUAGUCCUGAUGGACAUCCGGCUGGUCCAAUCGUGACUCCCCAUCGUGACGCCCGAUUGGGCUAUCGGCAGAGUAGGCGAGGAAGGGGGCCUGGAUUCAAGCUUGGUUGUUGAAACACCGGUUACAUAUCUCUCUGUACGCUGUGCCCUUGAGCUGAGUCGGUGGAAUUCUGUGAGGUAUUGCGGAGCCUUUGGGGACCUCCUUGCUUUGGCCUGAACUGUGCUUUCCCCCCUUCAGCACUGACAAUGGGAGACGUUGAGAAGGGCAAGAAGAUCUUUGUUCAGAAGUGUUCACAAUGCCACACAGUUGAAAAGGGAGGCAAACAUAAGACCGGUCCCAAUCUGCAUGGUUUGUUUGGCCGAAAGACUGGACAAGCAGAAGGUUUCAAUUACACAGAAGCCAACAAAAGCAAAGGCAUUAUCUGGAGUGAAGAUACAUUGAUGGAGUACUUGGAAAAUCCCAAGAAGUAUAUUCCAGGAACUAAGAUGAUAUUUGCUGGUAUAAAGAAGAAGAAUGAGAGGGCAGAUUUAAUAGCAUACCUUAAAGAAUCCACUUCUAACUAAUGGCUCUCUGCUGCCUUAUUUAUUUUAUCCAACAAAAGAAAAUAACUCUCUGUGAUGAGAUUGGUUCUUAAACUUUCUAUUUUUUACAUUCACUGUAUCUAACACUUCAAAAAAUCUUGUCUGCCAGAGAACUUUGAUCAUCAGAGAUUGUUAAAACACCUGUAUUGUUCAUGUCAUAACUUAUGUAAUCAGGCUUGAAGGAAUAUAGUCAGGGUGACAUCGGCGUUUCCUGAUCAUGUAAUUAAAAAAAUUAUCCCCAGGUA